CGCUAUACAACAAGCAGCUUUGCAGGAGGCACAACUACAGAAGGCAUUAGGAUGAUUAGAAGAAGAGCCAGGAUGCAGCGGAGACAAGCGGACGUUAGUGAGUUAGAGGAGAUGGACUUGACGCACGUGACUGAUGACGUGAGGAUCGUACGGUCCGUCCUGCUAAAUGUAGUUGAGAUGCAGGACCAUCAGACAACCAUCCUUCAGGACAUUCAGCAAAGUCUGGCCUUGUUGGUUGGGCGAGAGCAGACAACGUCGCCAAUGUCUGGGCCUGGUGCUUGGCCCGUUGUACAACCUCCUCCUUUUGUCCCACCGGUGACUGGGGUAUCCCCAUAUGUAGCCCCAUCAUCGGUUGCGAUCGUUUCCCUGGGCAUGCCGCUAUCAGGAGGGGUAUCAGCAGGAUCUUGUUUGCAGGUUCCUGUACAGACAAUGUUCACCCAAUCUCCAUUGCAGGUUGCGGUUACCACGCAGCCUGCUGUCUCGCAGUCUGUACAGCAACAGGGCAUACAGCCCCAGCAGCUAGCACAGCAGCCUGUGUCACAGGGUCCACAACCAGGAGUGAUGCAGGGACCGGGACAAACACAGUGGGUACCAAAGACGGCCAUCGCCGCUCCCAAACCUUUCACAGGGGAUAAGAGGGGCAAAAACCUCGACACGUGGUUGAGGGCAGUGCCGGUCUAUGCCAAGUGUAAGCUUACCUCGCCGCACGAGGAAGUGCUUGUGGAUGCAUCCUAUCUAGAGGGUAGUGCAGCACGAUGGUUGAGCGGUUUGGUGCAACUACAGGGAUAUGGUCAUGACUUCCGCUCUUGGGCAGCCCACCAGAAACUGGAGGACUUCCUCAAGAUGGUGGAGGAAAGGUGGCAUGAUCCUCAGGAGGCUCAAAAGGCCACUGACGCGACCUUGACACUACACACGAGGCAGUUUAAGUCAAUCAGGGAGGCCACCGACCCUGUAGAGCGUCUGAUCUGUGUCCCUGGGGUGCGCUAUGACCCCCAGGUUUUACUCACCUCCUACCUGAGAUGCUUUUCAAUGCCUCUCAGGAAUCAGUUGGCAGGUGAGGCCAACAUCAAUGUUCACAACUCCGCCUCGUUUAGCAAGAAGGCCCUAGACCUUGAGGCGAAGAUAGGGCAUAGACAUAACCCCACAACGGACGGUAGGAAGAAGACACUGCCUCCCAACUGGAAGGCGAAGGGUCGUAUUAUGUUUGUCGAUAACGAUGGUUCAACCAUCAAAUUAGACGACAACUUCCAGGAAGGAGUAGGUUCAGAGGCUGGCAGCGUAGAAGCUUCAGAGGGUGGAGUAGUCGCUGUCGUAGCUCAAAAAGGCGAGCCGGUGAAAAUGCCGCCGGAGAUAGAGGGAGUAGUUGCCAAGUACCCUGAUCUAUUUGAAGAGUCGACAGGGGUUGUAGAGAGGAAGGUCGUCCACGCGAUAGAGAUUAUCCCAGGGUCUAGUAUCCCGAAGGGUAGGAUCUAUCGGAUGCCUCCAGGUGAGCUCGAUGAGCUUCGCCGACAACUUAAGGAACUCGUAGAGAAGGGUUGGAUCCGGUUGAGUGUCUCUCCUUAUGGGUCUCCAGUAUUAUUUGUAUCUAAGAAGAAGGAGGGAACUCUGAGGAUGUGCAUUGACUAUAGGGGCCUCAAUGCCAUCACUGUUAAGAACAGAGAGCCCCUACCGCGCAUCGACGAUUUGCUAGAUAGAGUGCAAGGGUGUCGGUACUUCAGUAAGAUAGAUCUGAAGUCCGGGUACCAUCAGAUUGCAAUCCAUCCCGAGGAUCAACACAAAACCGCCUUUCAGACCAGGUAUGGUCUGUAUGAGUUUGUGGUGAUGCCUUUCGGCCCUUGCAAUGCUCCUGGCACCUUUCAACACGCUAUGAAUCGGAUAUUCAACGACAACUUGGAUAAGUUUGUCAUUGUGUACCUCGAUGACAUACUUAUUUUUAGUAAGACUGUCGAGGAGCACGUUGCGCACUUGGACAAAGUCCUCAGCCUCCUGCGACAGCACAAGUUCAAGAUCAACGGUCAGAAGUGCGAGUUUGGCCGCACCCGUGUCUUGUGCUUGGGUCAUGAGAUUUCCGCGGAAGGGUUGAAGCCCGAUGACGUGAAGGUGGCCAGCAUUCGUGACUGGCUGCAUCCUGAGUCUGUGACUGAGAUGAGAUCUUUCUUAGGGAUGACCGGCUACUAUCGCAACUUCGUGGAGAACUAUAGCAUAGUUGCCGCCCCUUUGACUGAUCUGACCCGCCUUGACACCCCAUGGGAGUGGACUGAGAGAUGCGAGGCUGCUUUCAGACAUCUGAAGCAUGCGUUGACGCAUUACGAAGCCUUGAAACUUCCUGAUCCUGAUAAGCCAUUUAUAGUGACUACGGAUGCUAGCCAAUAUGGCAUAGGCGCCGUACUUGCACGAUAGGAGGGGAAAAAGUUGAGGCCUGUCGAGUACAUGUCCAAAAAGAUGUCGUCUCAGAAUUUGGCAAAUUCCACCUAUGAGAAAGAACUCUAUGCGGUGUACAAGGCUCUGACCCAUUGGAGACACUAUCUCCUUGGGAGGUUCGUCAUCCUUAGGAGUGAUCAUCAGACCCUGAGAUGGAUGAGAACUCAGCCGGUACUCUCUGACGUUCUCAAGCGUUGGAUCGAAGUCAUAGAGCAGUAUGACUUCG